GUAGCUCUGGCAUUUUAUGUCAGAAAAUUGAACGUUCGCCAUGUUUCAAACGGGAAGACACUUUUGGCCCUUCAGACCGACCAACCCCCAACAUCGCCGGCGAUUCGUUGUAAAGGUUUACCUGCAGUUUGUGCUCUUUUUGCUGAUGGGUCUUUUCCACUGGAUCUUCAUGAUAACCGUACUGGACACCUGGACCGUUUGGCUGGUGCGCAAGCAUUCGGCAGCCCUCAUUCUGGCAUUUGUCGUGGGCAUUUUUCUAUUUCUGCUAUUCUCGCUCAGUCGUCAGAUGAGGAACCUGUGCUUCUUGAACUGGCUGACGACGCUGGUUAUCGUGGAGUUUAUGGUGCAACCUCUGGCAUUGCUAAUCGUCGACACGGAUCUGCUGUAUCUGCUGGCCGGCUUUCUGAUCGUCUCACUGGUAGUCGUCAUCUUCACGCUGCUGGCAGCCAUUAUGCCGUGUGACCUUACCGAGGGCGGGAUAUUCUUCUUAAUUCUGUUCAUGAGCGUCUUUGUGCUGAGCGUUUACUGCGUUGUGUUCUAUGAAGUCAUCGGCUUGGACUGGUCCUACUACAUCUUCGCAUUCCUUUUUACCAUGAUGGUGGUGGCGUUCCUAAUGUAUCAUGUGCAGUGCAUCAUGGGCGGCAGAAGCACCGAGGCCGAGCUCGCCGAUGACAAGUACGCGGCCCUCCUAUUGUUCUACGAAUUCGUGGCUCUGUUCAUGCUGACCCUGUACUGGCGACCCCAGAUGGACCAUGUACCAACAAUGACCACAUGGAACCCCUUGAAUUGGUCUCAACUAAUCAACUGA